AUGCCUAGUCAACCAGACAAAGGACUGCAAUCAGCCAGUUGCUUAUCAAAACUGAGACAUAUUGCGACGAACCUCCCCGAUACUGUCCCACUUGCUGCUCCCUCAGACCCUAUUGCAGCUCUCACUGGUGACCCUAAAGAAAUAGUGGCCACUCAAAAGCUGGAAGAGCCAGAUGAGGAUGUAUAUGAGUGGCUGGAUAAAAAACUCAACAAUAUUUGUGGUGAAUAUGCGAAACGGAAUGGCACCCUAGCAUCAGCCAUUAGACGGGGCCCAAUGGGGUUGCCAGGGCUUUGUGCUACACUCCAAUACUUCACCAACAACAAAUUUGCUUCUGAAGAAAUUCUGGAGAUCCGAAUCAAUAACCUGAUUGAGGAAGCAAAAAAAAUAAUCCCUCUAGAGUCCCAUCCUGCAUCAACAAGGCCCUCCCCAAGGAGACAGGAUAAUACUGUACUCACUCAGCGCAUGUUGCCUUCACCGCAACCUGGUACCAAACACCUCCCAUUUCUCCUGGACUCUGAUGAGGACAGCGACUCACCUCCCCAAAUAAUUGACAACAAGCAUCCAUGCCAAGGAAUCAGAAUUGACGUUCCUGAAGGGAGAAGCCCAUUUCUUGAGUGGCCAUGGAAAGAACAAGCGGAGUUAGCAAUGGCUUGGGACAUCCACACUAAAAAUGGUAUUCUUACCUUGCAUGCUCCCACUUGUCUACAGUUGACACUGCGGGUUAAUGAGCCAUGCCGAGAAUGCCAACUCCUCCAAAACAAUCAAAGACUUUGCCGUAUUCAGGACCGGAUCCACAGAGGCAUCCCCGAGACCACCCCAUAUAAGUACCUUGGGAUGUCUGGGUUAAUCGAAAUUCUCAGGCGGAAAGACCGUCAAAUUGACAGUCUCAAACUUCAACGUCUUAACACCAAUCGGAAACUGGAUUUGCUCAUGACUUCAAACCUGGACUACAAAAGAUUUGUCAUGGCUGUGGGCGAGUGCAAUGUACCCCACUUGAAUCAACUUGUGCGGUCCGCGCUACGAAAGAAGCAUGGGAUUAAUGGAAUCAUUCAACUUAUUGGGAGAGCCGCACUUGGAACUUACAGCCCGAGGCACACAGAACAAGAACACCUUAUGAGUGUUGUGCUCUACCGGUUAGGGGGCGCACGCGUUGCAGAGUUUGCACAUGCAGCACUCAGCAUGCCAGGGAUAGCAACAACCCAACGACACUGCACAACCUCAAUCCGCGCUUCUCCUGCCUUCCCAACCCUUGAUGAAAUGAGAUCAAACAUCACAACGGCGUUUCAAAUUGAUGCCCCUUCCAAUAAUCAAGUUGUCGGCCUUGUUUGUAUGAUAGAUGAGAUUAAGGUGGAAGAGGUGUUGGACUGGUGCCUGCACACCAACAGUGUGAUCGGCCUUUGUCGAGAGCAUUCAGGGUGUAAUGCACAUGCAAUCAAUAACAUCGAUGAUGCGCAUACACUGUUUGAUGACUUGGCAAACAGAAAAGUGCAUUUCGGCAUGGAGGCUACAGUUGCCGCAAUUGGAGCUCUCACCGGGAAUCAUUGCCAAUACAUCGCACGGCCAUUUCUAAUCAGUGCAACAUGCAAAAAUGAGAAAGCCGACAAACAUGCUGAUCUCCUCCGCCUAGCAUGCAGUGCCUGCAACCAAAUGCAUAAGGAGACCAAGGGGAGUGUAUAUUGCCUUGCCUCAGAUGGCGAAUCAAGGCGAGGAAAGGCACUUGUAGCCUUAACGGAGCACACACCACUAUCUCCAACAUCCCGCUUAUAUGCUUACCUGGGUGGACUACCGCUGCUAAACCUACUGGUUGGAGAGGACGAGUUAACAUCUGACAAAGACUACAAGCAUGUUAUGAAAAGACUUCGACACACUCACCUGAGGCCCAGCGGUGUUUCAGUCGGUGGUGUUCAGAUUACACCCUCAGUCCUGCGGUCCCACCUAGAAGGCAACAAAUACCCCUCAAGCCAAAUCAACAACCUGAUGAAUGUCACAGAUAAACAAGACGUCACUACAAUGUUUAACCUAAUGCUACUUAUCUGGAAGUUACCACCACCACUCACCACGGACAAUCCCAUAUACUACGAAACUCGUGUCGCCCUCAAUCAACACUCAAAGCUUGUCAAAUAUCUAAUCUUACCCUACAUAAAUGUUGACAUGAGCCUUCAUGAUCAACUUAAGUCUCUUAGUGCCGCGGCACACCUGGCAUACAUAUUCUUUACCGAUCAUAAUGCACACUCGGCUUACCUCCCAUCACCCCUUUACCGUGAUAUCCAAAUCAUGGUUAAGAACGCGUUCUUUUGCGUGGCAAAGAUGAAGUGUGACAAUCCCAAUGGCGAGUUCUUCUUGAUCCUGCUGGGCACGGAUAGGCUGGAAUGGAUUUUUGGCCUUAUCAGAUCUCAAAAUGGGAGCGAUGUUAACGUUAGCACUUACACUUUAUCGGGCCGAACUUCAGGGGCCGUCGAAUGCCACUCAAUCCUCUCCCAACACCCAGAAUGGGACCGGGGCCCUCGUCGGCUAAGGCUCCAGGGUUUAAGCACCACAACAGGGAUAGAGCAAAAAAUCGAUCACCUCAAUCCGGCAUCGUGGAAGGGAGACGUGCGAGUCUCUGGCAUACAACUGAUGUCUGCAUGGAGAUCCGGCUGGCAUGAGGUAGAAAAUGAUCCAGAACUCACGGCAUUCAGUCCUGCAGAAAAGUUCGGCAAGCUUGAGUCGACCCCAGGUGCCGAUCUGCUAAACCCCUUUGGGAUGGAAGUAUGUGAAGAUGGUGAAAAUGAAGAAACGUACGAUGAAACUCCCCAGCAACCCAACCCAGAUUCCACCAUUCCCAUUGUACCCGACUCGCUGGAACUUGAGGAACUCGUUGACAACGAGGAUGCGCGGAAAAAUGGGCUCGAAAGUACAAUUGAUGUGGGGAAUGGGAAGCAUGUACACAAGGCAAAGGUUCUGCAUGAAUUCACAAGGUUCACAAGAACAUCAAACUCGACUGACCGAUUGAGACGUGUCGCCAAUAUUUCCCGCUUUGCCCAAAUCCCCGCCACGCCACAUCAUCACAUUGGUGAUGGUUCUAUCACGGAGACCGAAUGCAUCUUGAUCCAAGAUCCAGUAGCCACGCUUCUGAGAUGCGAGGGAAUCCCAUUUCUGGGUGUUGCCCAAGUUAGUUCCAUCAAAGUUGAUAAGAGUUCCCAAAGUGCAGUAUCAAAAGACUUACUCAACGAAGAAACAGUCACCAUCGGUCUUCAAAUCCUCUGCUUGAAGUCGCAAAACAUAAUUCUGUCAAAUGGGAAGGAUGGUGAUUGGGUCUGGCAGCAUGGACGAGAUGCAAGCAUCAUGGUUCCCGGCAAGUUCAUCCAGCAAAUCAAUCCUGAUGUUGUUACUGUCGAAGAAGAGAGCGCCGUGAUCAGAGCAGGAAUCAGAAGAGAAGGUGGCUUGAGGAAGGCUAGGCUGGUUAAGUUUUCUUACGCCACUGCUUCCCAACCUUCACCUACAAACCCGUGUGCUAAUGUUCCCAUAAAGUGUCCAUGGUGCCCCAAAGGAUCCAACACGGUAUGGAAGUACAACAUUGCUUUUCAUUAUGCGAAAAACCACUCCCCUUCUGUUCCACCUAGCGAAUUUGACAUCUCAGAUUUCGAGCUGGAAGGUCUCAAGAUGGUCUGGAACAAUCGCCAUACUGCGAAUCGAGGGGAAACUAGACGAUGGAAACACUUAGCGGCGAAACUCAACAUUUCUGAAGCACAUAGUUCCCAUCUCUGCCUUCGGGACACAGACCUAGAAACACCACCCGAAGUCAAUGCGGACUCAUCCACUGGACCACUGGAACAAGAUAUCGACGAUGACCUCGAUACCAGCACCCCCGAACAUAUUCCCACCUCUCCUAGCCCCCAUCCACCCUCCCCGGCCUCAGCUUUGCCAACCACCUAUUCCAGUGGCCGUCCAAUGCGCCACGCUCCCAAAUGUCCUGCAAGCGAAAUUAACGACGGUACUAAUGUUGUUAGGUGUAAUGGGACGGGCUGUGAGACGGUUUGGUUCCAUAGGUCAUGUCAGGGUCUAGGGUCCUACAUCCCCCCGAACUGGACAUGCGGUGCCCAUCAAGAAUCCCGCAACAGCAAACGAGCAAGGAAACAAGGCUAACUAUUGGCAUAGUGGAG